AUGACGCUAAGAAGUACCGGUCGGACCGGGAAAACCCUUUUUCCGCAGAACUCCGUGCCGUACCUGGAGAAAAAACACUCCAUCAAGACAUACAUCAAUCAACUUAUCCGCAGCUACUCCUCGCGUCGACAGCAAUUGCUGUAUUUGAUCAAUCCCCCGGUUCAGAUCCAUAAACAAAAUCAUAUCGCUUCAAACCCAAUAUUUAAGGCCACCGGCCUAAAUACUCUCACCAUGUCUCUCUCACACCUCGCACACAUGUACUCUCACCUCAACAAUGUCACCAAGGCCCGGCUAGGUCUCACAUCCAUCGUCGAUACAAAAAUGCACCGCAGCCUAAUCCUCGCCAUGCAACAACAAGGUCUAAUCGGCAGCAUCGUCCGCGGCGGCCGCUCACCACCUCCUCCCCAUUUGCUUCUCGGCCAACCCACUGCAACAUCCGCCGCUGAUGCCAGCACCUCCGCAGCAAGCGGAGUAAUCGAAACCGAACCCGUAACACAAGCCAACAUCGCAACAAGACGGCUCUGGCUUGGUCUGAAAUACUGGCAAAGUGAGCCUGUGCUAGGCAAAAUCACGCCAGUCAGCAAACCCACACGAAGAAUUAUCAUGGACCUUCCAGCUUUGCGUCGAGUCAUUCGCGGGUCAAGGAGUGGCACUGUGGAAGGCUUGAGGUCGCCGGGUGAAUGUCUCUUUUUGGCUACGGAUCGGGGGAUUCUCGAGGCUAGGCAGUGUGUUGAGAAGAAAAUUGGUGGAGUGGUCCUAUGUCGGGUUGAGUAG